UUUAAGUUUCAUUUAGGAAGAUCUUACCGAUCUUACAAGUAGUCAUAUAGAUACAAGAUAGCACAAAGAUUAUGUUGAAGUACUACUGUUUACUUAUAACUGCAUCACUACUUUGCUGCACGCAUUCUACUCACUAUCGUGGUGGAAUACUGGGUUGGAGACCUGCUGAAGACAACAACAAGGUGGUGAUUUUCUGGCAAGUGGCAUGGCGUCGCAGCUAUGAUGAUCUGACUACAUAUUGCAGUAGCCGUGGGGAGGUGAAGAAUGGAGAAGGUGAGCUGAGCUGCCAGCAGUGCAACCCGAGUCUAAUCCAUUCCCCGGUUGAGUUUGAGUGUACCGACUACAAUGAAAUAUAUGAUUGGAGCUCUGGAGUAGGAUCGCUCGAGUAUACAUAUCCAAUAGAUAAGUUCACACUUGUAUAUUCGCCGGGCGCCGAGUUCAGCUAUUGGGUACCACUGCAAAAUUAUGGCCCAACAACUUAUUGGAAAAUGGUAUCCACUGUUGACAUGUCUGUGAGAUCAGAUAUAGGGCGACCAAACUCAUUGCCCGUAACAUCAAUGAUACCUGUCAUCAAGGUACAGGACGGAUGUACUAGCACCAUAAAUAUUCCAGCUAGUGACCCGGACGGUGAUGUUGUCCGAUGUCGUUGGGCAGACGACAACCAGAAUGAGUGUCCACAAGCAAUAAACGGUAAUCAAGUAUGUGGUCCUCUUUCACCUAAUAGUUAUCUAAAUCAGGACACUUGUCAAAUCACGUUUAAUGCAACAGGUAAUCCGGGAUGGUACGCUGUAUUCGUCAUCAUCGAAGACUUCAAGACCAGCACUUCUAUUGAGCCCAUUAGUAAAAUAUCACUCCAAUUUCUCAUCAAUGUUUUCCCACUUAACGACAUAUGCAGGAAGCCUACAAUAAUAGCGCCUGUAGGAUCGUGUGAGAUUCUCAGGCCAAAUCAAUUCUGGCAAAUGUCUAUACGAGCAAGAACAGGGAGGCCAUCUAUUGAAAUUACGCAGAUUUCAACAUCAACGCCACCCAAUGUUGAUAAGUCGUUCCUGGCUCGGUAUCCAGGUAGUGACACCGACUACAAUGUUACACUGUCAUGGACACCAACCAUGAGUGAACUUGGACAACAUUUCGUCUGCUUCUUUGCCACCGAUGAAGAUGGAGUAUCAACUGAUCAGCAAUGCGUUACACUGGUUGUUACUAACGAAAUAAUUCGAAGUCCGCCCUUAUUGUUGCCAGAGCAGUCCGUACCCAACCCUCGAACGCCAAUCAGUGCCGCUACUGACGAGUUGAUCUUGGUUUUUGACAGCGAGAUUCGAAAACCUGAAUUAUCCAGUUAUGUGCGAAUUAUAAAAUUUCGUGCCAACGGUGAAGAGCGGGUUAUAUCUCGAUACGAUACGUCACGAUCCAAUCGUGUGCAAUUUCCCGAGUACAACAACACGAUGCUAACAAUAAAUAUCACUGGUUUAAACCUACGAAGUGAGCGUACUUAUGCCAUAGAGGUUGAAUCUGGGGUAGUUUUGGGUCGUUACAACGAUCCAUGUUCAGUUGUAAGGCCUAAUGACGGUGGCCGAUGGUUCUUCGCCACAGACGAGGCUCCAACAACUCUGGCACCAACCACAACCUUGUUACCUACGACCACCAUUGCAACCCCUGCUCCGAUUACGGCACCGGUAGCUGAGUGCACUAGCUUCGGACUUCGGGUUUACGUUCCUAGAUUCAUUGUAGGGAAUGUACUGCCUAGACAUUUACAUUUUAAUGACCCGGAUUGCAGAGGUUCCUAUUCCAACGAAAGUGUAAUACUGAUGGAAUCGAGUUAUGACUUGUGUGGAACAAUCACAAAGGUAAAAUCUAAUGGCAUCAAAUAUCGAAAUACAAUUUUCUCCGAGCCGCUUCCUAUCACCAACACAAGUAUCACACGUGAGCGGGAAAUUCAAAUAAAUAUCGUCUGUGAUGUUUAUUCAGACGGCAUUAUUCAUGCAGUAUUCGACCCUGAUACAUCUCCUAUCAUCUUUAACAUGCGUGAGACGGCUUCCUUCAACUUUGGGCUGGCUCUAUAUCAUGACGAAAAUUUCUUAGUGCCAUACACGAUGCUGGACUACCCAGUACAUGUACUACUCCGUGAGCGACUCUACUUCUCGGCAAAGGCCGCAAAUUCAGGCCUACACCUCAGCAUCGACAGCUGUAAAGCUACACCGGCGGCUGAGCCUACGGCCGCAGAUUAUUAUUACUUCAUUCUCAAUGGUUGUGUAGAAGACAGCACGGUGGAAUUCCACGAAUCACCCUCAUUGUCCGAAGUUAGGUUUUCGAUUGAGUCUUUUGAAUUUCAUCGUCAUGGAAUGCUGGACAGGGUUUUCAUCAGUUGUGAUGUAAACAUUUGUUCACAAAACGAUAUCAACUCGGUUUGUAACCAAGGAUGUACCAACACGGUAUCUGAUGAGGUACAAGCAGACAUGGGUGACGCCCGUCGAAAGCGUAGCAGUAGUGCACAACUCAACACCGAAAAGGAACACAGCGAACGAAUAGCAUUGAGAUUUUCGUCGAGCAAAAACAAGAACACUGACGAUAGACGCCCGGAUGGAUUCUUCGACAUAACUGUCCUAGUCGUCAACAUUUGCCUACUCGUUAUUGUCAGUAUAGCCACAGUUGUCGGCAUAAAGCUAGCAAGGAAGCUUAAUCGUUUCAGUCCAAGGGAUGCUGCUGCUAGGGAAAGCAAUGAGCAUGUGCAGACUAUUAGCACAAAAUCUGACAUGAAAUUUGAUAAUCAAAGCUACGAGAUCGACAUUUAGAAAGUUAGAAUAACUGGUCUCUGUGGAAGGCCUUUGUUGCUUUAAGCUUUAGUUGUAUAUAAACUUAAGCAUUGUAAAGACAUUUUGCAUACUUUUGUCGUAAAAGUUUUUUAAAGAUUUUAGCAAAAUCCACUGAGUGACCGGUAUUAGGCCUUAAAUUUAUACUUUCUUAAAUGUAAUAUUUAACAAUAUGAAAAAGAAAAAAAGACCACUUUCCUAAAUUUUCAUAUUUAUUACAGUACUGAGAUAUUAUGGUGUGGCUUUGUGACAGUCUUCAAUAGUUUUUUAGUUGAAUUAAUUUUACUGUACUUUUAUUAUAACUUGAGCCCAUCUGCUGGUUCGCGAGCUGAGCGGGUGAAUUUCAGUAGCUGCUAACUUGCUGUCUGAGCGGCUUUGCACAUUAAAGACAUCGGGUGGUGAUUUGUCAUUGUAAUCCGUUAUUACAAAGAUCAACAUUUAAUUCCUUAAAUACAUUAUCUCUAAUAUCUUUAGGUUAUUACAAAUGAAGUGAAUUGUUCUUAAAGGUUACAGCUGUAUAAUUUACAUAUUCCUGAGUUUUGGCUGAAGCACGGUUCUUUAUGGCCCUUUAAAUCCAAAGAGUUUGAUCUAGCUUUGAAUUUAAUAUUCACUUCGGGAAUUGUUAUAAAUAAAUAGUGUUCGUGUUCACAUUUUUCCAAGUGAUAUUGUAAAGCAGGGGACAAAACAAUUGAGUACGUGAUACAAAAUUAAAUAAAUACUACUCGAUAUCCA